AUGAUUCUGUGGCUCUGUGACUUUGAAGAUUGCAAUAAAGCCUCCGUUCGCACACAUGGUGAAUGUAUUUUGUGCAAUCGUCAUCGGUGUGUGGAACACCUGGGACUAAGCUACCACACCUGUCCGCGAUGGGAGACAAGGACCGGUACUGAUACCUUCGUGCACUGCAAAAGGAAGCUGAGCACGAUGAGAUUACCAUCCUCAUCAGUAGAAUAA